ACACACAUAUCGUGGCAUUCAUUCAUCAUCAUAAUUAUUAAUUAAAGUACAUAAACCUCAAAACGCCGUCGUUUCAUUCAUGGAGGCUCACGGAUCCGGUCUCCGCCGCCUCCUGGUUCUGGGGUUCUGUGUCGCCGGCAUCUGGUCUGCCUACAUCUACCAAGGCGUUCUUCAGGAAACUCUAUCCACAAAGCGGUUCGGUCCAAAUGGCGAGAGGUUUGAGCACCUUGCAUUUCUGAACUUGGCGCAGAAUGUGAUUUGUUUGAUAUGGUCUUACAUAAUGAUUAAGAUAUGGUCAAGUGGGAGUAGUGGUGGUGCACAUUGGUGGUCUUACUGGAGUUGUGGAAUUACCAACACUAUUGGUCCAGCGAUGGGAAUUGAAGCACUCAAGUAUAUUAGUUACCCGGCUCAGGUACUGACAAAAUCCUCAAAAAUGAUUCCAGUUAUGUUGAUGGGUACUAUAGUGUAUGGUAUAAGAUACACUUUUCCAGAAUACGUCUGUACAUUCCUUGUUGCUGGAGGGGUAUCAACAUUUGCACUUUUAAAGACUAGCUCAAAGACUAUGAGCAAGUUAGCACAUCCAAAUGCUCCCCUUGGAUAUGGACUAUGUUUCCUGAACCUUACAUUUGAUGGAUUUACAAAUGCAACUCAGGAUUCCUUAAAAGCAAGGUACCCUAAAACAAGUGCUUGGAAUAUUAUGUUGGGAAUGAAUUUAUGGGGAACCAUAUACAAUAUGAUUUACAUGUUUGGCUGGCCCAGUGGAAGUGGAUUUGAAGCUGUUCGCUUCUGCAAACAGCAUCCAGAGGCGGCAUGGGAUAUUAUUCUCUUCUGCUGUUGUGGUGCUGUGGGCCAAAACUUCAUCUUUUUGACAAUAAGCCGAUUUGGCUCUUUGGCUAACACCACCAUUACUACCACUCGCAAAUUCGUUAGCAUAGUGGUAUCUUCUCUGUUGAGUGGAAAUCCGCUUUCAACAAAACAAUGGGGUUGUGUUUGUAUGGUAUUCACUGGAUUGUCAUACCAGAUCUACCUCAAGUGGCAGAAGCUACAGCGACUGCAGAAGAGAAAAGCCACUUGAGGAGCAACCUUCAGCAAAUUUGAAUUCACACGUUGGUGUUGGCUCAUUUGCCCAUCAACCAUUGUUAUAUCUUGAUAACCUUAAAAGUUUUGAUGAACCCAAUUUAGAUUUAUAAGAAUUUCAUAGAAAUGUUUCUUUAAUAUAGUUGUAAUUGUACUCCGGGCAAUAUACCAUCCAUCCAUCAUUUGAUCUCAAUGUAAAUGUAGUUCAUAUCUCAUUCCGUUGUGGAUAAGUGGUAUGUCGGAAUGGAAUAAUGGCUAUAUUCAAUUAACAUUACACCCGUUGUAA